AUAUUUUAUUUUUCGUUAGUGACUAGUAUAUGUUAUUACUUAUUACCAUAUGUUAUUAUGAAAAUAUUGAUCAAUUUACAAUUUGUUAGAAGAUUCCUGAAGAAUUCGAUUCAUGCAUUUCAGUUGUGUUCACCUAUUUGAGGCUGCAAUUGACUAUAUAUAUUGACUAUAUAUAAUUGACUAUAUAUACCAUUGGAUUGCUGGCAUGCGCUUCAGUAUACAAAGAUCAAACAAGAUGUGCGCACGUGUUUUUGUAUUAACAUAGUUAAUUCUAUUUCUACAAAAGUAUUAAUAAAUAAAAACAUUCAAAAAUGAAAAGAGGAAUGACAUUAAUUCCAAGAUUAUUCUCCCAUUGGUGGAAGACAUUGGAACGUCAACACUGGUUACUGGAUCGGUAUUUUAGCAGACUGGAUCGGCCAUUUGGCAGACUGGAUCGGCAUUUUGGCAGACUGGAUCGUCAAUUUGGCAGACUGAAUCAGCUUUUCUCAUCGGUGUUUGAAAGACAAGCAUUUAAAUCAUUUCCAAAUAGUUUCUAUCUAGAGAAUGAUGAAUACAGUAAACAUGAAAAGAAGGCAGGUCUAAUCUCUAGACAUUUCAUCGGCAAAUAUUUAGUAGAUCAAUAUGAUUCUGAAAAGGCUAUAAGUACGUUGUCUUCGAAUGGUAUUUUAACAAUAAUAGUACCAUUAAGACCAGAUGUUGCAAAAAGUAAACGAGAAAAAACAAUUAAAGUCGAACAAACAGGGAAGGUGAUGGAAGAUGAUGAAUCUCAAAAAAUAAAGCAAAAUCAAUAGAAAUUUUGUUUCUAUUAUAGUGUGUAUUAUAAUGUGUAUUUCAUUUUAUUAGUGAGCAUGUACAUAUAUAUUUAUAAAAUUACCUUUUUUGUAUCUUUGAGGAUUAUAUGAUGAGUGUAUAUGAAUAAAUAAUAUGUACAUAUAAAAAUUCUGUGAUAUUUUUUAACUAUCUGUAUCAUUUGUUAUACGUAUUCCUUUAAACAAUAUAAUUAAUUUUUCUGACCAUUCUUGAAGUAAUUGAUCUUGAUAAUAAAGAAGGAUAAAUUUUGCAUAGUAGAUAUUCAGUUGAUGCAUAAAAACUUUUUGAUAUUAUGCUUCGUUAUCAUGUCAAUUUGUGUAUUAUAGAUAUUAUAAACAUUAUAUAUACAUAUUUUUUAUAUUUAACAAAACCUUAAUUGUUUAUAUUGAGAAAAACAAAAUACAAGAUAUAAUUUUUUUUUCCAGAAAAAAUUGCUUCUUUUCUUGUUGUUAAAAUAAUAUUAUAAUUACAAAUUGAAUUAAUAAACAUAUUUUUUAGAUGAUUACAAAUUAUGAAUCAAUAAACAUAUAGUUUAUCACGUAAGAAAUUUUAAGAUUUCAUAAUAAAGAAACAUUGAUACAAUUUUACAUUUAAUGUAAUAUAGAAUUUUAAGUGAUAUGAAAAAUAUUUUAUAAUCUUUAUUUGUUAAAUAAAUAAAGUCAAAGGAGCAAAAAAUGUGAAUUAUGUAUUAUUAUCAGUCAUUUCUUGUGAAACAUUAGUUAGUGAGAUGAUUGAAAUAUUUCAGACAUUAUACAUGAUAUGGAAAUGAAAGAAGAAACAAGAAACCAAAGAUUUUUUCAGAAAAUAAAAAUGUUACAAUAUUUUUAAAUUCAGAACUGAGGGAUAGUGGUAGUUACGGAGUGAAAUUCACAAGAUAG